CUUAGUCCCUCACUGCUCUUCUCCUGGUCCCUGAAACUCGGCUGCCAGGGAGCUGGGGCCACCUACGAAGGUGUCCCCUCCAUACUGGAUCCCUACAGGGAGCCAUGUGUGCCCAGUGGGGGCACUGCCCCAGCUGAUGCCUCAGAGGGGCCACCCAUCUCAAGAGGGGCUCUGGGCCCCACCUUACCUCCUCAUGGCGCAUGAGCCAGAGCCCGAGGCCGAUGGGCUGUUGGACCUCAGCUUCCUGACAGAGGAGGAGCAGGAGGCCAUAGCCGACGUCCUAAAGCGAGAUGCCCACCUGCGCCAGCUGGAGGAGGGGCGCGUCAGCAAGCUCCGGGCUUCACUGGCAGACCCUAGGCAGCUGAAAAUCCUGACGGGGGACUGGUUCCAGGAAGCACGCGCCCAACGGCACCAGCAGGCCCACCUUGGCUCUGACCUUGUCCGAGCCUCUAUCCGCAGGAAGAAGAGCUCCAAGGGAGAACAAGCUCUGGGUAGCAAUAGGGAAACCGAGGAGGCUGCUGGGAAAGAGACUGAAGAGGAGUUGGAGCCCAGACUCCUCAUAGACGAGGCCCCCCAGGAGAGGCUCAGUGAGGCGGAGGGACCUGAUUUCCCCUCACCAUAUGUCCCCCCAAAAGCAUCAGAUCAUGAGGAGGAGCCUCAGGCCCAGACAGCCCCCCGCCCUGGGGGCACACAGGUCUACGAGGAGGAGGCGGGCCCGGAGCCGGAGCCACCAGCCGGGGAAGAGGAGCCCCGCCCGGCCCAGGUCCAGGCGGCGUCCAAGAUCGUGGAGAACGGGGAGGAGGCCCCCGGGCCCGGCCCCUCGCUCGACCGCGUGCUCAGCAGCAGCUCCUCCGUGUCCAGCCUCAACUCCUCCACGCUGAGCGGCAGCCAGCUGAGCCUGUCCGGGGAGGCGGACGCCGUGCAGGUGCGUGGCUCCGUGCACUUCGCGCUGUGCUACGAGCGGGACGCCGCCGAGCUGCGCGUGCAAGUGAUCCAGUGCCAGGGCCUGGCCGCCGCGCGGCGCCGCCGCUCCGACCCCUACGUCAAAAGCUACCUCCUCCCGGACAAGCAGAGCAAGCGCAAGACGGCCGUGAAGAAGCGGAAUCUGAACCCCGUCUUCAACGAGACGCUUCGGUACUCCGUCCCGCAGGCCGAGCUCGCCGGCCGCGUGCUGAGCCUGUCCGUGUGGCACCGCGAAAGCCUGGGUCGCAACAUCUUUCUGGGCGAAGUGGAAGUGCCCCUGGACACGUGGGACUGGGACUCCGAGGCCAUCUGGCUCCCCCUGCAGCCCCGGGUUUCGCCCUCUCCUGACGACCUUCCCAGCCGCGGGAGGCUCUCUCUGUCCCUCAAAUACGUCCCCGCGGGCUCUGAGGGUGCAGGGCUGCCCCUGAGCGGGGAGCUGCACUUCUGGGUGAAGGAAGCUCAGGACCUGGUGCCUCUUCGUUCGGGAUCCCUGGACACUUACAUACAAUGCUCGGUGCUGCCUGACGACAGCCGGGCCAGCCGCCAACGGACCAGGGUGGUGCGAAGGAGCCUCAGCCCCGUGUUCAACCACACCAUGGUUUAUGAUGGCUUCGGGCCUGCUGACCUGCGCCAGGCCUGUGCUGAGCUCUCCCUCUGGGACCAUGGGGCCCUGGUCAGCCGCCAGCUGGGGGCCACACGCCUCAGCCUGGGCACCGGCAGCAGCUACGGGCUCCAGGUGCCCUGGAUGGAUUCCACGCCUGAGGAGAAGCAGCUGUGGCAGACACUCCUGGAGCGACCAUGCGAGUGGGUGGAUGGCCUUCUGCCCCUCCGAACCAACCUGGUCCCCAGGACAUAGGUGCCUGACGAGCCGUGGCAAACCUCUCUCCGGACCCCCAUCUCAGGGCCUGCCCUUGGUGAAAGUCAAUAAAGUCUAUU